GCGGCGGAGCUUCCGACUUCCGGUUCUUUAAUAAACUGUUGACAAGUGAAAUGGGAUGAAGUCCACCGAAGAAAUUCAAACCGCUGAAUGAAACGGGAUUAAAGCCAUACAGGCACAAUGAGCUGGAUUCCGUUCAAGAUUGGCCAGCCCAAGAAGCAGAUUGUCUCCAAAACCGUUGAAAGAGACUUUGAGCGUGAAUAUGAGAAACUACAAAAGCUCGAGGAUCAGACGAAGAAACUUCACAAGGACAUGAAGAAGAGCACUGAGGCUGAUAUAGCCAUGUCCAAGGCUGCUGUGAAGAUCUCUGCAGACCUGCUGGGUAACCCUCUGUGUGAGCAGGACCAGGUCUUCCUGGAGUCCAUGACUGCUCUGGAUACCGCCAUGAGGCGCAUGGACUCCUUCAACCUGGAGAAGGUCAACCAGAUCCAGAAGACCGUCAUCGAUCCUCUGAAGAAGUACAGCGGAGUCUUCCCUAGCCUCAACAUGGCGGUGAAGCGGCGGGAGCAGGCGCUGCAGGACUACAAGCGGCUGCAGUCCAAGGCGGAGAAGUACGAGGAGAAGGAGAAGACUGGGCCCAACAUGGUCAAGCUGCACCAGGCCAGGGAGGAGCUGCGGCCGGUCAGGGAGGACUUUGAGGCCAAGAACCAGCAGCUGCUGGACGAGAUGCCAAAGUUCUACCAGAGCCGCAUCGACUACUUCCAGCCCAGCUUCGAGGCCCUAAUCCGGGCCCAGGUGGUGUACUUCACAGAGAUGCAUAAGAUCUUCAGCGAGCUGACGGAUCAGAUCGACCAGGGCGCGCUGACAGACGGCGAGAGGGAGCGGGAGAACGAGGCCAAGCUGGCCGAGCUGCGGGCCCUCUCCAUCGUCGCCGACGACUGAGGUGGUGGUGGUGAAGGUUUGGCUGUCUGGCUCGAGGACCAACAGACACAAUCCGACCACCGGAUUUAUACCGUUACUCCGUUCCCCCGUUGAAACCCCAAAAGCCAUCCGCCCCGCGGCCAUGUUGUCGAUACGUUUUAAUAUAAUAACUUCUUUCAGAGCUCAUAACUCCUAAACUUCUCCGCAGCGUUUUGUUUCAGCGGCAUAGAGGAGAGAAGACGUAUAUUUUUGUAUGUGAGUCUGACUAGCGGCACAGCGUUGAACGAGGUGCUGGAUCAGGGAGAGAUCGAUGCGUCUUUAGGGGCAGAAUGAUUGUAGUAAUUUAACGCUUCAUUUUCCUUAUUAUUUGUAAGAGUUGGUGGGGGGUAAUCCCUUGUUAGCAUGGUGCCAUGUUGAAUUAUGUUUUUUUUUUUGUCAUGACGUUUAAACCAAGUAACAACAACAUGGGCCCACAUUUCACCUGACUGGCAAGGGCCUUUUUAUAGUCAAGUGCAUCGUGCCUGAACCGCGAAGUGGAACCUGUUCUGAACAGGAGAGACACGUCUCAAAGCCGAGACUGUGGCUCCCUCUAGUGGUCAAACCUGGAAUGUAGCGCUCCUCGGCCUCAGCUGUUCUUUCUUUGUUCCAUUGUUUGGCGUCUACUGGUCCUCUAAUUUAAAGGGAGGCAGAUUUUCUAAGUUGUACAAUUCAGUAAAAUCUUAAUCCUUUUUUGGACCAACCGUUUUUCUCUACACUCUUGUCGGAAUGUUCAAAAGUGGACCGCUAUUCAAGGUUAAUCAGUGGAAGGAAGAUUGUAAAAUGACUUAAUCUCAUGAAGGACAUUGCCUUGAAAAAAAUUCUUGUUUGGUUAAAAUGGACUAGUUUAGCUUUUUUAACUUGUUUUGGUGUUUGAUUUGUAAUGUGAGUGAAUAUUUUAAAAUCAGAAUAGGACUUAUUGCGAAUGGAUUAAUGCCAGGAAAAUUGUAACACUAAUAUCAAAAAUUCUCAUGCAUGUACAAUCAGCGUUGAAAUAAAUGGACUCAUAUGAUC